CUUCGAAUUCUGAUGAGCUUAGUACUUCUGGCAAUUGUUUCAAGUGAAUGCCUCGCUCAAGAAGAAGAAAGUCCUCCGGAUUUGACGGAAAAGUUCGAAAACAAGACCGAAAACUGCGCUUCAAAGCUUUUGGCUCAUAACAAGGUUUCGAGAAAGGAAAUCGCUCAAUGGGCAACGGGAAAUUUCCCUGAAAAUGGCGGCGAACACAAAGCCCUUGCCGAGGAUUUCAUGCAAUGCAUUUACGAGUCCUUUGAUUGGGUCAAAGUCAUCAAAGGUGGCUUGAAAAUCUUCGAUCCUUUGGGAUUUUCGAAAAUUUUCGACACUUUAGACAUGAACCUCGUGAUAAAUUGUUUCAAAAAACACAAAACCAAUUUUCUGGAGGUGCACAAAUGCAUCAUCGUUCAACCCGAAAACAUGAAAGCCAUGUUGAAAGUCUUAACGGGCGUCGCUACUCCAAUGGGAGCCUUCAAAAGUGUCUUUUCCAAGUUGACUUCCAAUUGGGGCGAGGUCAAGUCGAAUGCUCUUGACAUUCGUUCCAAGCUAAAAAAUGUCCUAAAAUUCAAAUAAAUAAAAAAAAAAUACUUAC